UUUUAGCAACACAAUUUUUUUAAACUGAUCAAAACUUCAAUAUUCAAGAAUGCUAAAUACAAGACAACACUUUGGUGAACCCCUUCCGAUAAUACUGAGAGAUGGUAGAAUUGUUGAACCAGAUAAUAAGUAUGGAGAUAUAAACUUAAACAACGGAGAUCUGCUCACAAUCAGUUGUGAAGGCUCUGGUUAUAUUCAACAUCCGAACGUAAGAGAGAAUGUCGUCACAGGAAUGAUAUCUUGUGCAGGUGGUGAUAACUUUAUAAACGACCGUUGGCUCGUUGCACCAUCGGCUUUCACAAUGUUCCGUUGUCCGAUCCCACCAGAUCAUAACAGCAGAGUUACGAAUCGGACCUGCUAUGAAGGACAUCCAAUAAUAGAGGUUGGAUAUAAUGUACAGAAUGAGUUUUACCCAGUGUACGAAUCUUGUUUCGAUAAUAGAAGAUUUAAUCCAAUUUAUUCGAAAUAUACUCAGAAAUCUUACAAUGCAAUGUUCCAGACUAGAGUUGAGCGCCCUUUCUUUAAGGACAACUCUCACUAUAUAAAUAUUCAAGUUAAUUCACUGUUUUCUCCGGGAGGUCUGAGAAGUGCUGUGGAAAGAUCAAUUGGAUCUCAAGUUGAUACGUUUGUUACGAAAAACCAAAUGCUGUCAAGAGGUCACCUAGCUGCCAAAACAGAUUUCGUUUUCGCUUUUACGGAACGGGCUACUUUUCAUUACGUUAAUUGUGCUCCGCAAUGGACUGGAUUUAACGGGGGCAAUUGGAACACACUUGAAGUGGAUCUGAGAAACCAUAUCCACUCUGCAGACUAUAAUACCAUCAUAUACACCGGAACAUAUGGAGUAACGGCACUUCAGAACCAACUUGGGACAUCUGUGGACCUGUACCUGAGCACAGACCACAACAACAAUCGUGUGAUUCCUGUACCACAAUACUUUUAUAAAGUUGUUUAUGAACCGGAUACCUUACGUGGAAUCGCAUUUAUAGGCAUAAACAAUCCUUACUUAUCACACAGUAGAGCAAUAGAGUUGUUCUUUUGUAAUGAUAUUUGUCGGAAUAAUGGAAAUUUCCGUUGGUUAAGUUGGCAUCCAGAUAAUCCUGCUGAAGGAUAUACCUUUUGUUGUACUAUCCCCGAUUUUCGACAUACUAUUCAUCAUUUACCCAAUUUUGAAACGAAUGGAGUACUUUAUUAAUACAUUAAUAAAAGGCAUAAAAAGCAUUUAUUUUCUCAAAAAUGAUUCCUUUAGAAUUCUUUUUGAUGUCAUUUCUAAUAUACUAGAUACUACUACCGCUUUGGAAACACAUGACGCUCUGACAGAGAAGAAGAGGCGCAAAAAACUCUCCCAGCAUUCUUUUUUGCACUCUUUUCAGUAAGUUUAAUGAUUUGCGAUUUCUGCAAGCCUUUUUAAGUUUCAAUUCAUUUUAAAUUUUCAAUAAAAUAUGUAUUCAUUUAUAAUUAUGGAGGUUGACGACCGUGCUUAUCAUGCCAACAUGACAUUUGACCUAAUACAUUAUCACAUUUUAUGCUAAUUAAUAAUAACAAUAAUAUUGACACACUUUUACACAAAUUAUCUUGCCCCAAACUAAUCAUAGCCUGUACCCAUAGUGUACAAGCUAACUAUAAUUUUAAUUGUCUUUGAUUUCUUUCUUUCUGGUAAGAAACAACAACGAGUCAACAGUAUUAAGGACCUAGGUGUAACCCUUGAUUCUCAAUUAAACUUUAAUCUUCAUAUCGACAACAUUUCCUCUAAGGCUUAUAAGCAAUUAGGAAUGGUAUUACGUCUGUCAAAACCAUAUAGGCAACCAAAUACACUCAAAAUUCUCUACUAUGCUUUCAUCCGCAGUAUCCUCGAGUUUGCUUGCGUUAUUUGGAACCCUCAGUACGAGGUUCAUAUCGCUCGUAUUGAAGGUAUACAAAAUAAGUUCUUAAGAUCAUUGGAAUACCGGACUGGGCAUAUUCUUAUCGAUUAUGCCACUGCGUUACAAAGGCACAGAAUAUCCCCACUAAUUAACAGAAGAAAUUAUAUCGCUCAAAUUUUUCUAUUUAAAAUUAUUAACAAUAAGCUUGACUCAGCAUCCUUGUUAAAUCUAAUUAAAUUUAUAACACCGCGAAACUCCUCUCGUUCUAAGAUUACAUUUUAUGUAUCACCUUAUAAAAGCAAUUAUGCAAGAAAUACAUUUGUGAGGCGCUCUUGUAGUUUGUACAAUAAACAACUCACUGAAAUUGAUAUAUUUUCAUUAAAUAUACAAAAAUAUAAGAAAAUAGUAGGUGAUAUUAUACUCAAUUUAAAAAAUUAAUAACUCUAAAUACUUAAUAAAAUCAUUGUUGUUGUGUCCUGUUCUUAACUAUACUCUUAUAACUGUUUAAAUUUUCGUUUUGAAUAUUGUAAUUUUGUAGUUUUUACUUUUGGUUUAAAAUAUCUAUGUUGUUUUUUGUUUUGCUUUAUUGUCCAUUGUAAACAUAAUAAGUAUUUAAUUUAUGGAACUGUUUUGUCUUCUAGUUUAUGUAUAUUUGUAA